AUGAUUAUCGAGAACGUUGUUGGAGAGCAGAUUGUGAAGCCAACAGACACGUUAUUACCCUACCAUGCUCGACCUGAAUGGGCUGCUAGAGUUAAGAAAGAGUCGGAGUCUCUUAUCAAACAUUUCCAUUUGAACGAAUUGGAGAGCAUGACCACGUCCACAAGCAGAAAAAGAGCAGAUGACUCUUCACACAAUGGCGUUCGCAGUAAGAAGGCAAAAGCUGAUGUAGCCGAAAUGGACACCCAUGAGAUGGCAAAGAAGGGCUUACUAGACACCCUAACCGUUGCCCAACUACGCGCUGCUAUUGGGGAACACCUUGCAUGUUCAGUGAAACAAGGUACAAAGAAAGCAGAAUUGGUUGCAAUGCUUAAAAAACACUUUAAAGUUUGA